AUGAUUGCCAAACUCGCCCAACCGCUGGGCUCUCCCACGCUCGCGGCCCAGUUCAGAAACCGCGUUCCUACGCAGCUGAGACGAGUUCUGCCACUCUAUCUCGGGGCCAUUUGCCUGAUCGUCUUCAUCUUCAACCUCUUCCCCUCGGUGCCACAAACGCCUUUUCGCGCUGCUCCCUCCGUUUCCGUAGCUGUGCCUAAGGUCCGGCGGGAUGAGUUCCCCAGGAAGAUCUGGCAGACAUGGAAGGUGAACCCGCUGAAGUUCGAGGAGCGUGAUCUCAACACUGCUCGCACCUGGCUUGCGAAGAACCCCGACUGGCGCUAUGAGGUUCUCACCGACGACAAUGCCAUGAAGUAUGUCGAGUGGCACUAUGGCCCGGACGGUUUCAACCGGCCCGACAUUGUCGAGUUCUUCCGCAAGGUCAAGGCGGCCAUUGUCAAAGCUGAUCUCCUGCGGUACUUGGUCAUGUACGCCGAGGGCGGCGUCUACGCUGAUAUCGACGUUGAGGCUCUCAAGCCGAUUUCCAAGUUCAUCCCAGAUCGGUACGACCACAAGGAUAUCGACAUGGUGAUUGGCGUCGAGAUCGACGAGCCUGACUGGAAGGACCAUCCUAUUCUUGGCCCCAAGUCUCGUUCUUUCUGCCAAUGGACCUUCAUGUGCAAGCCCCAGCUGCCCGUGAUGAUGAGGCUCAUUGAGCAGAUCAUGACUUGGAUGCACGGUGUUGCCAAGGAGCAAGGGGUUGACAUUGGUGAUGUCAAGCUCGAUUUUGAUCAGAUCAUCAGCGGCACUGGCCCGUCAGCCUUCACCGAGGCCAUUCUCAAGGAGAUGAACGACAACAAGGAGGACCCCAACAUGAAGAUUGACUGGGACAUGUUCCACGACCUGCAGGAGUCAAAGCUCGUCAGCCGCAUCCUCGUCCUGACCGUUGAGGCCUUUGCCGCCGGCCAGGGUCACUCCAAUUCCGGUAACCAUGACGCCCGUGCUGCCCUCGUCAAGCACCACUACCACGCUUCCAACUGGCCCAGCAGACAUCCUCGCUACAAGCACCCCGCGUACGGCGAGGUCGAGCGCUGCAACUGGAACGACGAGUGUGUGAAGGAAUGGGAUCGCAACGUCGAGGCCUUCUCUAAGCUGUCUGAGGAGGAGCAGAAGAAGAUCAUUGCUGAGAAGGAGCGGGAACGUAAGGAGGCUGAGGAGAAGAAGAAGGCCGAGGAGGAGAAGCGGAAGAAGGAAGAAGAGAGGAGGAAGAAGGAGAAGGCUGAGGCCGAAAAGAAGAAGAAGGAAGAGGAAGAGGCUGCCCGCAGGAAGAAGGAGGAAGAGGAGGCCGCUCGCAGGAAGAAGGAAGAGGAGGAGGAGGCGCAAAAGAAGAAAGAAGAGGAAGAAAAGGCUAAGAAGGGCGGUUGGUUCGGUUUCUCAUGA